CGGGCUUCGGCCUCAGGUGCAUCUCUGAGGCGGAGCGACGCGGAGGUCCAGGUGUUGUGGAGGCAUGGACUGUAACUGCGUCAGUGAUCUGCUGCUCCCCCCGGUGCCCGCCCUCUGGACGCCAGGGAUCGCCUUCCCAGAGUGGGCCUACAAGCCCGAGUCGAGCCCCGGCUCCAGACAGAUCCAGCUGUGGCACUUCAUCCUAGAGCUCCUGCAGAAGGAAGAGUACCAAGGGGUGAUAGCCUGGCAGGGAGACUAUGGGGAGUUUGUCAUCAAGGACCCAGACGAGGUGGCCCGACUGUGGGGUAUAAGGAAAUGCAAACCUCACAUGAACUAUGACAAACUGAGCAGGGCUCUGAGGUAUUACUACAACAAGCGUAUUUUGCACAAAACCAAAGGGAAGCGUUUCACCUACAAGUUUAACUUCAGUAAGGUUGUGCUGGUGAACUACCCCAUCCUGGACAUGGCCAGCUCGCCCUUCUUCCUGGCCCAGAACCAUUUCAACGGGGGCUCCACCACACCAGACUGCAGCCCAGAGGCCAUACAGUCCUUGUUUCCUCGUUUGCCAGACACCAGCAGAGGAACCUCCCUUUUCGAUCGGGGGACCACAGCACCAGGACCUGAAGGGGACAAACUGAGACUGGACUCAUUUCCUUUUCUAAGUUCAGGUGCACCGUGCUAUUCAAAACCCCCGUCCCUGCUGGGCCCGUACCCUCGCAACCCACCCUUUGACUACCCCUGGGGCUUCAACCCCUACCUCCCAGGAGCCUUCUCUCUCAACAACUGCCCCAAACUGCCCCCUGGCUCCCUCUACCCCUCCCAGUUUUACCCCAACCCCUUGCAGAGCAGCCUUUCACAGCUGCCUCACCCCUUCUCCUCCCUGCUCCCGCCUGGAGAGGCAGGUGGGGGUGAGAGGGGAGCAGCGGGGCAAACUGGUGGGACAAAUGGCACAGCGGGUGGUCAGCCGGCCAGACUCUGCCUGCCGCCGUACCAAGGCAGCCUGUCGAUGGGUCGGACAGACAUUGGCAGCGGGGCGACACUGGGAGAAAGGGUGGAGCCCAAUCCUCCGGGUAUGGGGCUGAGCUUGGGCCUGGGAGCGGUCAGCUUAGGAGCCGGGACUGGGACAGACCAGCAGAGCCCCACAGAGAGAAGAGGAGGGGUGAAGCAGGACCCAGAGUCAGACUCAGACCUGGAGAUAACAGAUCUGAGCGACUGCAGCUCGGACAAUGAAAACGAGCAUGAAUUUGGCAUUCGGAAGGAAUCCAGCCAUGCGAACCGAUCACAGCUUGUGUUAGAUGGGAAGAAAGGAAGCGUGUUGCCUCCCAUCUCCUCUCUUCCUCCACCAGUGUCCCCACAUCCACUCAAGAGCCUGAUGCCCAUUACUCCUCCUCCCCCAUCCCUGCCUAGGUCACUCUCACCGUCCAUGGCUCUGCAUGAAAGACACAGGGAGACAGAGACUCUCAAACUGAUACACAGCUAA